CUUAUAAUUGUAUUACCUUGACGUGUAACUAUAUGUACCUAUGCAUUGCAUAAGUUUGAAGUCUCCGUCCUGCAGGUACAGCGUAUCUAUAUGUAGGUACUUAUCCAGCCAAUGAUACCUCGUAGGCGCGCGCGCUUAGUUCAUUCCGACUAUACUUAGCCUCCUAACCCAUACAGGAUUAGCUCAAAUGUCAUAUCGCCAUAUGUAUGUACUUACGUACCUAUUCCGUACAUGUAAUUUCGACAUUGCAGACAAUCAUUCCAAACCAAAUCACAAGACGCAUCAUUGGCCAGCCCCUCUGAAACAUUACCUCAAAGCCCUCCUGCGGGCUAACGUUUGCUUUCCCACUUAAUCCAACCUACCUAACCCAUUCCGACUCAAAUACCUAACCACCCACCCACCCACCCACCAUGUACCAUCUCGCCAAGUCGCUGUACCUGCUCGCGCGGCGGCGGGAGGAAUACUCGGUGAUACUCCUGGGGCUGGACAACGCGGGCAAGACGACGUUCCACGAGCAGGCCAAAUCGCUCUUCCUACCCGAGCACCCAGACCCCAAGCUCAAGACCGUGCCGACCGUAGGCCAGAACGUGUCCACCCUCACCCUGCCCGACAUGUACCUCAAGAUCUGGGACGUGGGCGGCCAGAUGACCCUCCGCAAGCUGUGGCAGAGCUACUACGCCAGCUGCCACGCCAUCGUCUUCAUCAUCGACAGCACCGACAUCGGCGACGGGUCUCUCGAGCACGACGGCUCUGGCCGUCUUGACGAGUGUCGCCUCGUGCUCGAGGACGUGCUGCAGAAUUCCGAGACGGAGGGCGUGCCGCUUUUGAUACUGGCGAAUAAGCAGGAUCGCGAGGAUUGCGUCGAGGUCGUGCGCAUAAAGGAGGGCCUGGUGAAGAAGGUGUUCGAGGGCGAGAAGGCGUCGAGUAUACGCGAUUCCCGGGUGCUGCCGGUGAGCGCCCUGACAGGCACGGGCGUGAGGGAAGCAAUCGAUUGGGUUAGGUCGAGGGUUAAAUGGAAUAAAGAGUCGAGACCGCCAGUGAUGCGGUGAGGGAAGGGAAAGGCUCUACGUAACGUUGUGCUAUUUGGGUAAAGUGGCCUUGGGUUGGUUUGCAUUCAGCGUCAUGGAACA